AUGGGGGGCGGCAAGCGUUCUCGCGACCAGUAUGAGGCCGACAACCGUAUGGGUGUUGCCGAGACCUUGUCGAUGCUGCGAGAUCCCGAUGGCACAUCGCAGGACUCAACCACUCCGGGCCACGACCGCGCAAAUGGGACCAAUGGCGCGACGGACGGCGCAGACUCUGGCGGUGAAUGGCAGACAGUCGAGAGCAAUCGCAACAAGAAGCGCAAGAAGCUGCCCAAGAAAGAUGGCAACUACCCAUCCAUCUCGCAUUCGCCGCACUCUCGCCUGCAAAGCUUUGUGAAAAUCAGUGAUUUGCAGAAUCUGAUAUUGUACUUGCUCGCCGAUGGCACUGCACCGCAAUGGUGCUCUGUCCGUCACCAUGCCAACGUGCGCAAAGUUGUUGCUCUAAUGGUCCCUGGUCUGGAGGCCGGCAUGUUCGACGGCAAGAUCGACCUGGCGCCUUCUGCUGUUGAAGCACAGCAAAACACAGGCAGUAUCGAUUCAGAUGAGCCCUCCAAGCAGAAUGCUGCUGGCGAACAGGCUGCACAGGACGACAGCGGUCGGCUCAGAGCGUCACCAGAUGACUAUUAUCCAGUCAAGCUGAAAUCCGACAGUGUCCCUGAAUCUUUGCGACCGCUUGCUGACAUGUUUGAGCACAUAUGGCCAAUCAAAGCUCCAGGUGACGACAAGUAUGCCAAGAUGCAUUCACCUUUGGCGGCUAUGCUGACAGCACCGAUACUCAAAACCAAGGAGGAGAAGAAGGCCAAAGGACCACAGCCGCCAACAGAGGGCAAAAACUGGCAAAAUAAGCGAACGCCAGUCACAGAAUUGCUGGCUACCACCGAGGAACUAUUGGAAGAAGGCUAUACCAUGCAUCCAGCUCACUUUGCUGAUUCUCUGUCCGCUGAUGCCGAGAGUGCCAGGAGGGUAUCAGCCAAAACCACGACCGACGAUGGAUGGUUUGACACCACAAACAUACCAAGCCUCGCCUCAGGUGACGCUGCAGAGAAAGACAUUCAACAAGGGUCUGUGACAGCAGGACGUAAAGUACUGGCUAUGGACUGCGAGAUGUGCAUCACUUCACCAGCCGGCGUGACACCACAGGUCUUCAGCCUUACCCGGGUAUCACUGGUCGAUUGGGAUGGGCAGGUGGUGCUUGACGAACUAGUCAAGCCGGCGAACCCCAUCACAGACUAUCUGACACCAUACUCUGGCAUCACAAAAGCCAUGCUCGAGGAUGUUACCACCACGCUCGACGACAUACAGCAAAAGCUGAGCACCAUUCUCACACCACAGACAAUCUUGAUCGGACAUUCUCUGGUCAGCGAUCUCAACGCAUUACAUAUUGCGCACCCAUUCAUCAUCGACACGGCUCUGUUGUACCCACAUCCUCGUGGCCCGCCACUCAAGUCCUCUCUCAAAUACUUGUCCCAGAAGUACUUGUCCCGUGAGAUCCAGAAGGGCCAUGGCUCGACUGGUCACAACAGCAUCGAGGACGCUCGUGCAUGUCUGGAUCUCGUAAAGCAGAAGUGCGAGAAGGGCAAGGCAUGGGGCACUCCUGGUGCCAGUGGUGAGAGCGUUUUCAAGAGGCUAUCACGAUCAACACGUCCCAAGCGUGACAAGAUCAAUCCCAGCGGCGAAGAUGAGCCUAGAUUGGGCGCGAUCGUUGACUGGGGUGACCCAACCCGUGGAUAUGGAGCGCAGGCCAAGGUCGCAAUCGGAUGCGAGCACGAUGCCGAUGUUGUCACUGGCAUCAAGAGCGCGCUGACUGGUGCCGAGGAUGGAAAGAAGAUUCCUGCCGGAGGCUGCGACUUUGUCUGGGCCAGAUUCCGCGAGCUGGAAGCUCAUCGUGGCUGGUGGAAUAAGUCGAAACUUGUCGACUCUGAGGCACUGCGCUCGACCACUGCUACAGAUGCGGCUGAGAAGUCGCUGGAGGAGAUUGUCAAGCAGACUGUUCAGCAUAUCACCGAUGUGUACGAAUCGUUGCCGCCGUGCAGUGCGCUUGUAGUCUACAGUGGAUCUGCCGAUCCUCGAGAGCUCACCGAGAUGCAGGCGCUGCAGCAGAAGUUUAAGGAGGAGUACAGAGUGAAGAAGUGGGAUCAGCUCAGUGUGCAGUGGACAGAUGUCGAAGAGCAGAAGCUCAGAAGAGCCUGCGAGCUGGCCAGACGCGGUGUCGGCUUCAUCACUGUCAAGUGA